UAUUUUCGAACUUCCACAAUUUAUGCUGAAUCUAUUUACGGGAAUCAACUGUAAGGCAGGUGAAGUAUUUCCAGCAAACUAUCUGUGUAUCAUAGUCUAUGCGGCGGGCGGUCCGCGGCUCGCGCCGCCAUUCUGGAUAUUUUGACGGGAAGGUCGGUCACGUGACUCGGCGGCGGGCGCGGGCGCGGGUCGCGGGGCGCCGGCUAGACUCUCCAGUAGCCGAGCCAUCCGUCUGCUGCUUUGACUGCGGCCGGUCGCCGGAAUCCACGCCCCAGUCUCACGCGUCCGCAUCUAUUACGUACCACUUUGUUUCGAUGAUUCGCGUACUUUUUGAAUGCAGCCUGCUGACAUUCUACGGAUCUUACAUUUGCAGUGCGUGGAGUGCUAAUAUUUAGUGAAAAUGUGCGUCUGUUUUGUUUCAAACUGAGGUUAUUUGCGUAUUUUUUGCACGGGUGUGCGUGCGGCGACGGGGCGGAGAAGCCGGCGGUGAGCGGCGUUCGCUCGGCCGGGCCGUCGCGACGGCACACUCGGCUCGGCAGACAUGUUUCGGUCGCGGCCGGAGCGCGUCGUGCGUGCAGGCGCGUAGACUCGCUCUUGUCAUGCGCCUGCCGAGCCGCAACGACAGUGGGGGUGAUCGAACAUGGAUGUAGUGACGCCGCACAUCACCUCCGUGCUGAAGACAUACCAGGCGAGCGCGCCGCGCAGCCUGCAGGGCCCGGGCUGCGGGCGCGCCGAGCCGUGCGGCGACGCGCCGCCGCCGCCGCCGCCGCCCGCCGCGCCGCCGAUCCUGCUCGCCGCCGACACCGUGCUGGGCGAGCGCGGCGAGACGCUGCUGGAGGGCGAGCCCAUCUCGUGCUUCAGCGUGGGCGGCGAGCGGCGGCUGUGCCUGCCGCAGAUCCUCACCUCGGUGCUGACGGACUUCACGCUAGAACAGAUUAACCGCGUGUGUGACGAGCUGCAGAUCUACUGCUCGCGCUGCACGCCGGAGCAGCUGCACGAGCUGAAGUCGACGGGCGUGCUGCCCAAGUCGGCGCCGUCGUGCGGCCUCAUCACGCAGACGGACGCGGAGCGGCUGUGCGCGGCGCUGCUGCACGCGCCGGCCGCCUCGCGCCCGCACAAGCUGCCGGGCUUCCGCGUCUACCACGAGUGUUUCGGCGGCGCCCGCGGCGUAUGCGCCCUCGACCUCAACUUAGUGCAGUGUUUGGAGUGCCGCGCGCUUUACUCUCCGCGUCGCUUCGUGUGCCACUCGCACGAGUCGGAGCACCGCACGUGCCACUGGGGCUUCGACUCGUCGCGGUGGCGGCGCUUCCUGCUCGUGGCGGAGGAGGAGCAGGACAAGGACAAGUGCGCCGCGCUGCUGGACGAGCUGGCGGCGCGGGACGUGGCGCCGCCGCCGCCGCCCGUGCACCUCAAGCAACAGAGCCUGCCACUCAAGCGAAAACAGGUGGUGGAGACAGUGGUGUGCAAGCCGGAGCCGGCGGAGUCGCCGCCGAAGAAGGCGCGCAGCGAGGACUACACGACGUACGCGCUGCUGCUAGACCCGUACGCGCUGCACUACCGCGCGCUGUCCGCCUUCCGGCCGUGGGACAAGCGCGAGCCGGCGCUGCAGCACCCCGAGCGCGUGGUGCGCGUGGCCGACUGCACGUCCUUCGAGCGCGACUACCAGCCCAACGUGGCGCUGAAGCCGCUGACGCCGCCCGUGGACGACGUGACGUCGUCGACGUCGCCGCCGCCGCCCGGGUCGGCGCUGGCGGCGCGGCUGCUGGACGCGGAGGCGCGGCUGGCGGAGCGCGCGCGGGCGCUGGACGCGCGCGAGGCGGCGCUGGCGCGGCGCGAGGCGCGGCUGGAGGCGCGCGAGGCGGCGCUGGCGCGGGCGCCGGACCCGCCGCCGCCCUGUUGACCGGUGCGCGUCAUCACCCGCCUGCGCAGUGACUCGCGAUGAACGCUCAGUGACAUUGCUAAGCCGUACACAGUACAAAGCUACGAGGUGCUCGACCGAUCAUGAUGUACGUCCCGUACGCGGCACCGUGUAAAUAUUUAUUCUCUACUUGGAUAUUGUUGAUCUUUGAAACCGAGUCGAUCGAGACCUCUUUCUAUUUAUACUGUUUUGAAUAAUUUUAUGUGGCGCCACCGGUGUCGGUGCUGCCGAGUGUGCGGAUUCGAUGAGAGAAUCGUUUUUACCACAGAUUAUACAGUAGCACGAUGCAGAUAAAAAAUAGUUGUACAUAAUCAUAUCAAGUACAGUUUUAUGAAAUUAGUUUUUUGUACAAUAUACAGUUUUUCUUGUAGUCUCUUCAACGUGUGCCAUUCUGAGGGUACGUCUGUUACCUUUUUCAUAUAACCUCAACUCUGUGCUUUUCCAAUACCUUAUUAACGAAAUACUCACAUAUAAUAUAAUAUAGUAAAAUAGUUAUAAAACUACAACCAUAAGCAUAAUUUAUACAGGGUUAUUUUUAAGAUUUUUUUGCAAUAUCUGUGUACAUACAAUAAGCAAUAAUAACGGCGAUUAAGUUAACUUCUACUUGUGUACAAUAGAUAAACUUAUUAUAAACUUCAUAUUCCGGAAUAGUAAGAAGUAGAUACGAUCUGUGGGCGGUGUUACACUAUAAAUCACUAGAUAAUCAUGUUAUUACUUAUGAAGCUCAUUGGACACGCGAUAUAAUACAGCCAUUACGUAAAUCAUUCAACAUUUGAUGGUGUAAUAUCGACCUGCCGCGCUCCGCACUUUCGUUUGAAUAAAUAACUCUGUAUAAAACCUCAGCCAUACCAAAUAGUAAUAAUAUUUCAAACAGGUACAUGCAUCAUACCUCUUAUAUGUUAAAGGUUGUAUGAAAACCAUGUGGGAAUAAGUUUAUAUUUGUUUACAGACACAAGCCGAUUGUAGAAGGAACGAGGCACAUUCGUAAUCUUAAUAAUUAACUCGUAAACAUUUUGUUGUGUCAGGUCUACAUGGGCACUUUGUUCUAAUUCGUCUGUCCCACUCACGCCUACAAUUUACCAAAUAAAUUGUUAAUGCAAUUAAAUUUUAUUUUUAAAAUAUGGUAAACAGUCUUCCAGCUGAUAGAAUCUUAAGUGAUCGUUCCCUGUUUCACGUUGAAAAUACGUAAAUAAUGUUUUUUACGUUUCUUCCAGUAAGUUGUAGUGUGAUGGUACCGUGGGACAGAUGCGUCGUACUUCAUAAGUUGUAGCUACUGUCGUAGAGUCCAGGCCAACAAAAUUAUCUUUAUAAGGGUGUAUCCCGCAGUCUACCUCAUUGUACAUAAAAUUUAUUGGUCUAAAUUAAGAAAAACUAUGUAAGACACUGAUUUUCAUUUAGAUUCUACAAAUUGUUUUUUAUCGAGCAAUAAUUUUUAAAAUGGUGAAGUGAUCACUGCCUGAUUCUUAUCAAUUGUGUUAGGUUUUGUAUUUCAAUGAUAAAUUGAUUGGUUGUUCAGCAAGUGGUCUUCGGCGAUGUUCUGUAGUGUUGUGUAUUGUUGUAACUACACGGUAACUUGUGCCCACAACACAGGAGGAACACGCCAGCUAUUAAAUUCCUAAUUGAUUCGGUCGAAACUGAAAAUAAUAAAUAUCGUAAUGUUAACUUUAUCAUCACAAGCUUUGAUAUAUAAUAUUAUGUAUUUAGUUUUCUUCUAAGACGUAAGGUCUUUUCGUAGCAUUUUAAUUUAUUAAAAAAACUUGUGAUUUUUUGCGUCGUAAACUUGUUUCACAAGUAACAUGUUUUUAAAAUAUUUUUAAAAACAAUGAAUUAUUAAGUAUGUAGGUAUUGUCAACAACCGAAAAGCGGCUGAUGGACUUUUUAAUGUAAUUUAUAUAGUUUUUGUAAUAAAUUUGAGCCACGCGUUUUAGCCUUUGCCAGUAACAGUGCAUUUUGAUUUAGUGCAUAUUUUUUGUGACUGAGCAAUUUAUUAUUUAUGUAUUAAACUCGUGUCUAAGGACGUUAACUUCGGAUGAUUAACAUUCGAACUUGUGUGAUUUAAACUAUGACCUCAUGGGCGCCUCGAGAUGUUUCUUUUUUAUCUGGUGCGAACAAUUUGAAAUUAUCCAGCGGUCAUUAGCUUCUUUGAUAAAAAAAAAAUAACAAAUGGAAAUCUAAAUUACAAAACAUUGUUGAUUUUGAGAUAUAAACAGAUUAAAAUUAGACUUUAAAAUCAGAAUCAAUCAGGUCAUUAAAUUUUUAUAGCGGGUAACAUUGUAUAAAUAUUCAAAUUAUUGUUCGUACCAGAUGAAGGCAACUAUUAUAAAAUAAAUUCUAAUUACAAUAUUGUUUUCGCCAAAGAAUUGGAAAAAUAUUUGCCCGAAUAUCAACAUAAUCGAUCAAAACAUCUCGAUAUUAAUUGGCAGCAUAGUGAUAAAAAAUAUCUGAAUAAGUGUACUAAUUACCUGUAAAUAUCUAACUUUGAAUGAGAUUUAUAUUUUUAAAUGUCACAUUUUUUAACGGCAAAUGUUUCUUCAAUUCAAAGGCUGAAUAUCGCUGAGGUCGAUUAAAACAACAAAUACAAUGAGUUGUGAAAUAUAAUUUCACUAAGUGACUUUGGCUAAGCUCAAAUUGUAGAAAGAAAUCGGAACGAUUUUCCUUUCGAUGAUAUUUUUUUCCUUCGAAGAGUGCUAUGUUACGUAGUUAGUUGUUUUAGAAUAAGAUUUCAGUUUUAGAAUAGGUUAUCUCUAGUCAGAGACACUUUGAAAAAAAAAUUACCAUUUACUUAUUAUAUUAAUAUAUAUUAUUCAAUAUAGGUACCGUAAGCGAGUGUAAUAAGAAUAACUUAUUGUUUUAAACAUUUAAUAGUGUACAUUAGAAAUUGACUGCAUGUCAUUAUAUUGUAUAAUAAGGUACCUCAUAUAUAUAUGUAUGUAUUGUGAAACUUUUCUGUCAGUACUAUUGUUGGAUAAUUUUGGUGCUACAAUGUUUUGGCUUGGCUAACUUAGUGAUUAAUUUAUAUAUAUAUAUAUUUAGUAUUUAUUGGCGAAUAUUUUGGUUCUACUAAUAUUUUUCUGUUUUUAAAUUACUUUUCUAAAAGAGAGUUCAAUGAAAAUCUAUGGGUUGACGAUAUAAAAAUAUGAAAAGAAACGUGGCUAAGCCAUUUUUAACCUUAAAUAACGCUUUAAUUAUUAGCGUAGGUAAUAUUCUAUUGUAUCGAUGGAAAAGUUUCAAAGCAAGCUCUCACUGUCUUAUUUAUUGCAAAAUUUUUAUAUACGGAUGGUGCUAAAGGACUAAUCGUGGCUAUUAUAUUUCUAAAGACACACUCAGUAGGUUGUAUUCUUUUUCAUUUUGAAAGAGAGUUUGUUAUUUUUUAGUAUGUCUCAUAUUUAUAGGCAGUGAGAGUAACUAAUGAUAAUGUAAAUAUUUGUUUUACUGUACGGUACGAAGCGAUGUAUGAAUGCCAGGCUGUUGUAAACUAUAAAAUACUUGAUUUUGACGCUGCGAACUCUGUCUCCUUUUCUUUGGCAGCUUUUGGUUUAUCGACAGAGGAAUGAGACAAAGUUUCCGCGUAAUUGGUGAUUUGCCAGGGUAUUCACGUACUCUGUGAUCUCAUGUAUGAUUGUUAUACAUCAGUUUAUAAAUACGUUAUUGUGAAAGUCGCAAAAUCUAAGUAUCAAAAAUAUAUAUAUUGCUUUAUACGCAUAGUCAUUUGUUUCACUGGAUGGCGCUAAAUUGAUUUGUUUCCUUACCUAUUUCUAUAUUUAUUUUAUCAUCCUUUAACUCCUGAUUUUCAUAAUUUACUGCCAUUUCUAAUUGAGGAAAAGAGAAUUGAGGGUAUUAAAUUAAAAGGAACUACAGAAAUACAUAAUAAUAUUUAAGUAAAAAUUAAUGAGUGUUGUUUUGUUUUGUGCCAAUAAUAGUUGUACACAGUGCACGGUGGUAUGCUCUUAGGAAUGGCGAUAAAUUGUGACUAUAAAAGUCUUUAGAACUCGUUACUUCUUUCGGUAUCAACGUUUGUUUUACUUAGUAUUCCGGUUUUAAAUAAGGCUGUUAUUACCUAUACUUGCAACAAAUCUCCACAAUAACUACUCGUGAUGACUUUAUAAUCACUUACAUAUAUCUCCGAGAAAUAAAUGAGAAAAAUAAAUUAUAUUAGCGCCAUUUUUCCGAGAUUACAAUUAUAACCGUAGCCUUGAUAUCGCAAUAGUUAUAUAGUAAAGCAUAUCUCAUGCCUGACGAAAUAAAGUUACAAACGCUAUUAGAGUUGAAUUACUAUCUUGCCACAAGACGCAUGUAUUUUUAUUUAAUUUGCAGACGAAAUGAAAGUCUUUCAUUAAAAACUAUAUUAUUUACAGGGAUGCGAAGUAAUUAUAUUGUUUGUAACAGAUUUAUCAUUAUUUGCGACUGUAUUAUUGUAAGGCGACAUGUCUUAAAGAAACGGCCUGAUUAUGAAUUGUGUGUGUUUUAUCAGAAAAAAAUAUAAGUUGCUGCUUAAAACCUCUAAUCCAAGUAAACAUUCCUGUAAGUAUGUUUUUUGGAUUACGCAAAAACGUUGCUCUUAAUACUGAACAGUGAAAAAAUCAUUGUAUAUUGUAAAGUACCUGAUAGAUUAGAGUUAUAAGAUUAUAAUAAAUGAAUAAACUUCUGUUAUGCACACACAUGUUCGUAACAUGUGGUUUCGUAAGUGUGUUUUUACUUGAAAAUAAAAAAGCUUAUAAGUACCUACCUUGUGGAGCAAUAAAAUGAAAUGAUUUCCAA